GCAGCGGGGAUCUUAGUGAAGAAGACCUCCAGCUCCAGGAAGAGAAUGGCGCGCGAUCCCCUCGAAGCGUGUCGGUUCCUCUCCCUGCGCCGCAGGUUCGCGAGGUAACGGCGGCGACGACAAGAGACCCCGGUCGCUCUCUGCGGGAGGGGUGUUUUGGUUUGGAUAAAAGACGAGAAUGGAUGACGGCCCGGCUCGGUGGGAGUCGUCCCGGCCUCCGAGGAGGUUGUCCGCCGCCGCCGCCGCCGCAGCCGCGGAGGUCGGAGGCGCUAGCGUUAGCCUGCAGGACGAGGACGACCUGUUCGAGGUCCACACGCCCGGGGACGCUCCGGUCGGACCCGACCGACUGAGCUCCGCCGCCGGGACGAGGAAGCGGAGCAACUCGGCCACGCAGUUGGUGUACGAGCGGUACAUGCCCAUGGGGCCGCUGAAGUUCCCCAUACCGAGGAAACCCAAGGAGAAAAGAGCUCUGUUCCAGUUUAUCUCCACUGAGUCCAGGGAGUAUGACGACAUGAUGACCAUCCUGACGUCCAGCUACAUUGACACCGGCUCUGCUGGCUGCUUCACUUACAGCAAACCUCGGCUCGUCCACAGCGAGCUGCUGGAGAAAGAGUUUGUGGAGAAGAGGAAGGAGAUGAAGGCCGACGGGAGGACGGACAAAGAGCUGGAGCAGAGCUACUGUUUCCUGUUGGCUGAUUCCGUAACGCUGCCUGUGCUCUGUGAGAAGGGGCUGCUUAUGGGUCAGAGCCGUGUCACAGUGCUGGGAAACCCCAUCAAAGGAGUGUACCUGUCCAGGUACUCUGACCUGAUCCAGAUCACCCCCCUGACUCCUGGAGUCACGGGGGACAUCGUCAUCUUCAAAGUGAUGAAGGGUAAAGUGAAAAGCAUUUAUGAAAACAUGAAGAACCUCCUGGAUCCAACGCCUCGCUUCGACAGCCACACCGCCAAGAACGCCAGCAAAGUCACAUCGCUGGCCUCCUACCGCGCCUUUGACCUCACACAGCAAUACUUCUACGAGUAUUCCUUUGACGAGCUGCGGCCGCGGCCUCGGCAGGUCUGCCCGUACGCCGUCGUCUCGUUCCAGUUUAAAGGAAAAGACUCCUCACUUCCCAGCAAACCACUGGCCCCCAUCAGGUUGAACAGCCAGUCAGCAGACGGGAGCAAAGAGCGCACUCAGUUCACAGUGUGGACCGGGGACUUGGUGAAAGGAGACCGGCUUCUCUUCCAGGUCUCCCUGCGCUCCUUCUCCCCGCCCCUCCUGCCCCACAGACUACUGGAGAAGUUGGAAAUCGGUUUGUUGAUGAGACUUGACCAGGCGACCAAACUCCUGCCCGCUGACCUGUUCUGCUACGACCUCUACAGCAGCGGCCAUGAAGUGGUGAAGAGCGGCUAUUGUUGCAGCCUCCUGGAGAUGACGGACAGGAGUCGCUCUGUGUCCAGCGUGACGAGCCUGCUGCGGGAACUGGAGAUGAAAAAAGUGGUUCUGAUGAUUCCACUCUCUGACCGAGGCGUUCUCCUCUUGCUGUCCAGUGUUCAGAUGGCCACACCCUCUGAGAGGGCGGAGAGCUGGAAGAGGUGUCUUCAGGCCUUGUUCGUCUUCCGAGAGUCGAGACAUCUGGCCAAACCCACGUUAAGGUGCGCCUCCUCGACUCACGACGCCACUGAGCCGGCGACGUCUGGUGUCGCCGUGAUGCCGCGGCUGAGCCAGCUCAUUCCGGCGCUGCAUCAUGCCCUGGUCAAGGCCCGGGCCAACCCCCCGCCCGAGCUGUCCGCCGGUGUGGAGCGCCAGGCACGGGAUUACCUCACCGGCCUGAAGCAAGGCACGGUCCAACAGUACCCAAUGGGCGAGUACGACUCGGCGCUGGACGAGUGCAGACAGCUGUUCCCGACUCCCAAACACCACCAGGUGAACAUGGACGGCUACCUGCGCUCCUACCUGUACAGCCCGGCCCUCUACCAGCUGUCGGUGGCCCGGGCCAAGCAGAUGGUGGAGGCGCACUGCGGCCCAGAGGAGACGCCGGAGGCAACGCUGAGGAAGGCCUCCGGAGGGCGGGCGGAGGAGAGGACCUGCAACGCUAGAAACAAACAGACCAAACAUGAGAAGAUGCAGCAGCUGGUGAACCUGGUUUUGACCUGUAAGAAGAACGCAGAGAAUGAGGUGAAGAGGGAGGAAGGAGCAGGGGCAAUGGUACCAGGGAGGAAGAGGAAACUGGAGCAGGUGACUGCAGAGAGAGCGCUGAAGUUCCUGAAGGCAUCGCAGGAACCCGGGAGACUCUGCAAGAUUCCCGGUGAGGGAAGCCAGGCUCCUUAUUCAACUACUUCUCUCCCUUCUGUGAUUGGCUUGCUGGGUUUGAAGGACCUUGACCUGAGGGAAGAUAGAUCUGAAGCAGCAGUGAAACUGCUUAGUCUGCUAACAGACCUCAACCAGGCUGCAGGAGGAACCACCAAUCGGAGUGUUGGUGAGGUGCGAGAGGAGGCGCAGAGAGAAUCCUCUCCUUUGGAUAGGUUGGCGACAAAGCUGGGUCUGCCCACCAACUGUGACAUUGACCUGAGGAAGCAGCAAGAGCUGGAGGAGCAGGCGGCGGGCAGCGUCAGUAGUUUGGAGGGAUUCAGCCCGAGCUCCCACAGCGGGGAGAUGAAUCACCACGGAGGAGCAGCUAGAGAAGGAGGAGGAGGAGGAGGGCUCGAGCAGAGAGCAGGAGCAUAUGAAAAAGAAGAGGAACACAUCCAGUGGGAGAUCCCUUGGGUCCUAAUCCCCAUCACAGGUGUUUGUUCGCAGAGGUACACCCACAGAGACAGGAACAUCCCUCAGGACCCCCGCUUCCAGCACCUCGCCACGGCAACGAGCAUCGCCGCGACAACCAAACCUCGGAGGCAGAGCCCCACCCGGUCCCCUGAGCGAAGCUCUCCCCCCUCCCCCCUCAAGUUCCCAUCUCCCGAGCCCAGCCCCCCGCACUCCCCCUACCAAUGCCCGUCACCCGACCCCAGCCCCCCUCUGUCCCCCUCCCAGUGCCCGUCUCCAGAGCCCAGUCCACCGCCGUCCCCGUCUCAGUGCCCGUCCCCGGAGCCCAGCCCUCCCCCGUCUCCACGGCCCAACCACAUCCCCUCCCCUUCCCGAUGCCUGGCGCUGCCACUUGGCCGCCCCACCUUUCUACCGCGGGGCCAGUCCGCAGAGCCGAUUGAGCUUGUCCCGUUUAAUGAGGCCCACAGCGGUGCUAACGUGCAGCAGUUAGCACCCACAGCCUCUGGGGGGUUUGCAGGACUGCCUAAAGGCGUGGAAGAGAGACCUUGGGGGAAAGAAAAGAGUGACGAGCCGUUUGUUCCUGUAUCCAUCCAGCCGUCAUUUCCUCCGGCUCCAGAGAGGAGGCCGAGCCCCUCACCACCACCCACUGAGAGAGAGAAGGGAAAUUCAGGGAGGGAAACAGUGGGGUUGAGGGAGGUACAAGCAGACAUCGUAGUUCAGGAAAAAGAAACACUGCUGGUUCAGACCCUGCGAACCCGUGUGGGAGAAGAAGAGGAAGUGGAAAUGACACCUGUGGUAGCUAGUGGUAAGGAGCAAAAAGCAGAAGAGAAGGAACCGGUAGGUGGUGCUUUGUUCUCUCCGUCCUUCUUACCUCCAUCUCGCCUCGACUCUGUGGUCGACAAACAGCUGAGUGACUUCUACUCUGAGAUUCAGCUCCUCCUGCAACAGCACAGUGUCCAUUACAGCUUCCCGCCCCCGCACUCCACCUCAAACACGGAGACCUCCGCACUUCCACACACACUCCAACGCACAUUUUCACAGUAUGUGACCUUCUACAACCCCUGCCCCCCGGUGCAGGACUACGUUUGCUCGCUGCAGGACGGCAUUAACGGCAUGCUGACGGAGUUCGAGAACACCUCUCCGGCCCACAAAGCCGGCACUAGCGGGACCGACGUUGACUCCGCGCUGGCUAGCAGCGUUAGCCAGUUUGUGUCCAGUAUCCGAGCGGGGAAGGAUAAAACCGGCGGUGAGCCGACAGCUGCUGAGAGUCCCGCAACCUCCCGAGGAGGCGUGCCCUGGCAGCCGCACACGGUCACCAAACAGGUUCCUGAUGCUGCUAACACGAACCCCCCGGUCUCUCAUGUCACUUUAUCAGUCACUACCUCAAAGUCUGGUUCUGGCUCCGGCUCCAAACCCACCAGCGCUUCCGUCCGCUCGCCGCCUCGGAACGAGUCAUCACAAUCAGCGCUGAAACCACAACAAGGUCACGCUUUGGAGAUUUCAGUCGCUCACGGCAGACAAGACCCCAGCUCUGCACGUUGUCUCCCUGCUGCGGAAGUUGGGAGUGAGGUGACGUUUAAAGGUCUCUGCGGCAUCUCCAAGCCCCUGGCCGAACCCCCCCACACCCCCGACCGGAUCUCCGGUCUGGCCUCUGAGUUCCUCCACCUGCCCGCCGAAAACCCCGUCCCUCCGGCCGCCUCCCUGAGCUCCCUGAUCAGCCGGCUGCAGCCGGAGGUGUUCAACAACCUGCUGAAGAUUUUCAAAGACGUCAAGAGAAACUCCGCGCAGUUCUACCUCCACAGCGGCGAGGCGGGGGACCGGGUCCACGACGAGGUCAAGGAAUACCUGUUGAAGCAGGGCAAAACAGAGCAGAGUCCUGUGGACUUCCUGAAUCAAGAAAAUUCUGCAAACCGUCUGCUGGUCAUCAUUAAGAACAAAGACAUAGCUGGACAGCUACACAAGAUCCCGGGUCUGUUGUCUCUGAAGCGACACGCCUCUGUGGUGUUUGUGGGAAUCAAUGACCUGGACGACAUCAGAAACAACUGCUGCGAAGAGCUUUUGGUCUCCGGAGGCUGCAUCGUUUCGGACGAGUUUGUUCUUAAUCCGGACUUCAUCACUCGCGAUCAACUGGCCUCCCUGCUGGUGGUCCUGGAGCAGCACAGCUCCCCACACAGCGUCUGGAGGUGGAAGGUUCACUGGCAAACCCACAAGAAGUUAAAAGAGCAAGCCAGGUUCCGGAGGGAUGCAGCCGACCUACUGGAAGUCCUGUCGGCCUAUCAGAAGCGGCAGAUCGUUGAGCUCCUCCCAUACCAUAACUGCGACAAAACAAACCAUCAGUCGCCUGACCUGGAGUGUCUGAUGGAAAUCCAGGCCCAACACACACAGUACCGACACACAGUCUUCCUGACAUUUCGUGGUAUUGAGAUGUAUUCUGGCCACUCCAGAAGCGGCAUCAUCGUGGCAAGUAUUAACGAAAUUCUGCACAACUUCACCGGACUAGUUGGUUACCAUGACAUCAAGGACAGGCAGCCAAUCAUAGAUGACAUGCUGGGUCCCAAAGGUCUCGGGAGGCAUCUGACCCGUAGCGCCUCUGUGUCGGGCUCUGAACGCUCUCCCUCUGUCUUCUCAGAACACAUUCGUCCCUUCCCCUCCUACGACCAACCCCAUCUUCCCCUGCAGUGCGGCUCCACCCCUCCUGCUUUCCCCCAUUGGUCUGACCAGCUCGUCCCAGACGCCUCCUUUAAGGAGGUUUUGCCGCAACAUUCAGACACAGACUUUGAGGUUCUCCGACUCGCCAUCUCUCAGCUGCGGGCUGAGCGUAAGGCGCAGUUGCAGCAGCAGUUGGACGCUCGGGCGGAGUCGUACAUCAACUCCUUUACAAACCUCCUUCCUAAUGUCGGUGGUGGCAGCGGUCACUCCACACCCCUUUUAGCUCAAGGAGGCCCCACCGAGUCGGAGAAGGUCACUCAAGACAAGAACGCAGUGGCAGUGACUCUGGACAUGAUUCACUCAGCAUUGCACCAGGAACAGAUUGAGGAUAUGGGGACAAAGGGCGGAGCAUUGACUCACGCCGUAGGACGACGAUGUGGAGGAAGUGAAGGAGAUGCUGGACAUCCCUCAGAUGGUUCUCCAGUAAGAGUGGGAAGAAACGGGGAUCCAGGUUAUGGUGAGACGACUCCUUCUUUGUCCAACCAAAGCACAGCGACAAGACCGAGUAUCCAGACGGGCUCCACCAGCGACGGGAGGGAGAAGAAUCCACCAGGAGUACCUGUCCUUCCCACAGCAGCUCAAUAUGCUGCAGCCUCCUACAGUACCACAGCUUGUCCUGUAGAGGGUCCCAGGACUAACGCAUUGAGAGAGACACAGUUGGGCCAAGAACAGCCGAUAGGUGAAGAGGGAGCACCACCACCACCACCACCACCUGGCAACAGCACUGCCAGUGGCACCAAGAUCCAGAACCCUCGACCUCUUCACCAACUGAACAGCCAGCCGACUCCGUCGCCCCGGCAACAACUGCCCAACAGCCAGCAGCAGCGAAGGGGCGCCGGCCUCCUGCAGACCCCCUACCCGCCUCGAUUCCCCAACCGAGGCCCCCUGGCUCCCCUCGGAGGUGGACUCCUGGGGCCCAUGCCUCGCUGGCCAGGGGGCCUGGGCCUGGGCCUGGGCCCGGGCCCCACAAGCGCCACGGCGCUGGUCUGGGGCCUCCAACAGGCCAGCGGGGACAUGAGGGGUCCUCCACUGCUGGGCAGUUACUACAACCCUGCAGGUCAGGGUGUCAGAAGGUACAGAGGGGGGGCGAGUGGAGGAGGCUUCAAUGGGAUGUAGAAACAUUCCUGAAACCAUCUCGACCAUCAGGUGACGAACAGCUGCUACGUUGUUGGAAGGAGGCACCAAACUGAAGCUCUUUAUUUUGCUGUUAAACCAGGGUUUACGGCAUGUGCCGCGCUUUCCUGGACACGUCAGUCUUGGUUCAUGUAUUCGGCUCCUAGAAAGAAUGGCAAAAAUAUUUUGCUUUUAUUAUUUAUUUGUUUGGCAUUUCGGCCUCAUGUAGAAAAGGGGGCUGGAGAAUUGAGGGUAUGCAUCUACGGUCUCACGUGGGAUCCGAACCUAUGCGCUGUCACCGCUUUGCUCAAAGCUACAACGGAGAGGAAUCGCUGUUUUUAAAAUGUUUUUUUUAUGAACCGACGUCAGUUAGGUGUGAAGUAAUAGUCAUUGUUCCAUUAAAGUCGAUACGCUUCCGGAGUCGUAGGAUUUGUAACAACCCAAUAUUGCAAGUCUUUCGUCACCGUCUUGUUUUGGGAAUACCGCCAUUUGAUUGGUCGAUUACUUGAUUGACUGAAACGACCGGCUGAGGAGUAAAGCCGAAACGGUGCGAAAAAGCACAAUACAAUUGAGCAAUUUUCUCACAAAAGUUGAUUGGUGCCCAACUGGAAUAAUUCUGUAUUGAACAACUUGGAUAAGAGAAGAGACAGAAGCUCCGUCCAUGUCUCUAAUUUGGAGCUGUUUUACUUUGUUUCCACUCUAAUGGAAGAGUUCAUUCUUAGUUCUAGAUGGGGUUUUUUUCUCACUCGGACUUGGACUGACCUCUUGAUAUGUCACGGUGCUUUGAAUUCUCUCCUCCCUGAACGGAUGGUAAACUAAGUAGCAGUUGCUCUGAGAGCAUUAACUAAAUGUUUCGAAGCCACUCGAUGGAUUCAAUUUCCGGCUUUUUCCUCCUUCAGUUUGACGGUUUUGGACUUUCUGGUUCUGCUUUCUCUAAAGGAACCUUUUGAGCCGAUUAUUUCUUAAUUUUGCAUCGUGGGAGGGACCAACGCGCACCCUGAUUCUUGAAGUGGACUCCUGAUGAUAUGAAAGAAUUUUACAAAAACGAGUUGUAAAGGAAUAGGAGAGAGUGACUGCCUUAUACUUCUUCCAGUGAGCUUUUCAUUUCUUUGUUUUCUUCUGAAUGUUUUUGUCUGUCUUCCUGGGAGCUGUUUGUGUUUAGUUGCUGUUGUAUGUACAGUAGGAAAGUGACCAUGUAA